UCAAACUUUAAAACUAUACAGGAUCUGUAUACUUAACCUGUAAGGCAGCUGUAUUUAUACUAAAAUUAAAUUAUAACGUGACAAAAACUGGGGGGAAAAGAGAGCAUGCAUGCUUCUGUAACAGGCAGUCUGUGGGAUAACAAACUACUGAUCGUCUAAAGUAGUUACUGUUCUUGUGAGAACAGGAAACUAUUCUUGCUGCAGGCAGCAGCUUUGUACUGGUGUCACUUUUUGUGUCAACUUCAACUACAAUCAUUCGCAGUGGGCUUUAGGAGAAAUCACCUCCAGCGCAGAUUAAAAUCUGUACUACCCUUCUCCUCUCUCUGCAUUUUAUUAGAUUAAUUUCAACCAUCUGACACCUGGGCCACACGGUUUAUUAUGAGGGGAACCAGGGUCAGGUAGCCGUUCUUUUCGCCCGAGCUUCAGGUUAUUGUUCCAUGUGGGCUCGGUGGGUGGACGGAAGGACGGCCCAUCCUGCCGCCUGUUGUUCAGCUGCUGGGCCAAUAAGCUCCCGGAUGCCGCUCAGUCCCGGUCCAAUGAGAGCAGCUGGGUCCGGGCUCGUUUCGAGAGUUGGGUUGUUCAAUCUGUGAGGAGGACAACAAUCCGCCGCAGCUCUCUGAGUGAACCGGAUGGACGGAUGCUGACGAUGUCUCCUCCUGUUGGUGCUGGUGCUGACAGUGGAUGUGAGUGAUCGGCCUGAGGCUUGUCGCUGAUUUCAGAUGAUGUGAUGCAACAGAUCUGAUCAAGAGAACUUCUUGUACAAUGCUGAGUCGCAAGAUGAAAAUGUCGCAACAAACAGAAUGAGUUGCUGCUUCGCUGCAGGACGUGUGUCCUAUAACUGAGGCCACAUGUGCAUCCGGACAGAUGGAUCGCUGUAAGCACGUGGUUCGCCUUCGUCUGGGCCAAGACCAUUCCAUCCUCAAUCCACAGAAAUGGCACUGUGUGGAGUGCAGCACCACGGAUUCGGUGUGGGCCUGCCUCAAGUGCUCCCACGUUGCCUGUGGACGCUUCAUAGAGGAGCACUUCCUCAAACACUUUCAGGAGUCCCAACACCCAUUGGCCAUGGAGGUGCGUGAGCUGGACGUCUUCUGCUUCGCCUGUGGAGACUAUGUACUGAACGAUAAUGCAGAGGGAGACCUCAAGCUCCUCAGAGGCGCGCUCUCUACCGUCCGGAGCCCAGGCAGGCGGUCGCUGCGCUCCUCCGCUGGGGGGGACGGCACCCCCUGGGUGUUGGAAGGUGGGCCGCAACCUGCCAUGCAGCUGGCCCUGCGCCACAGGAGAAAAGCGCUCCUUGGAAAGAUGCUUCAGACGUGGAUUAGAAAACACCAAGAGGUUCAGAACCAGCGCAAGGAGAAACUUGAGGAGGCCAGGAGACAAAAAAAAGAGGUGAAAAGGAAACUCCUGGAAGACCUCGGCAACAUUCCUCCCAGAAAGAGUGCCAGGCUUCUGACUCAGGGGCCACGUUCAACCAUGACACUCAUUCCUCGCAAAUUUCGCGACCCCCCCGAACGCCUACCUCCACCUCCCAAGAAGCCUUCACUCCUCGCCCUGCCCCGCAGGGCGCCACAGAUCAGCAGAGCCGCUAAGUUGAGGAGGUACUACUCCACGCACGCCGUAACGCGGAGGAGGCACGCUCCAGGUGUCACUGGUCUACGCAACUUGGGAAACACGUGCUACAUGAACUCAAUAUUGCAAGUGCUGAGCCACCUGCAGAAAUUCAGGGAGUGUUUUCUCACUUUGGACCUGUGUGAGACUGAGGAGUUGCUGGCCAAGACCAACCACUCCCAGGGCAUGAAGAGGGUGACUGGAGCGGUCGUCAACAGCGCCACCACUCCGCCACUGUCGGAGAACCCUCUGGGACGCAUGGGGAAGGCGGGGUGUUGGAAUUUGCCCGUGGGCAAAAAGGAGAGCGUCGCACCGUCCCCGCAGGCUGCAGAACUGGUCCAGCCCAAAGAGCCUCGCUGCUCGACUCGCCAGCAAAUGUCUCUGUGUCACGAGCUGCAUACACUAUUCAGGGUCAUGUGGUCAGGCCGGUGGACUCUUGUUUCUCCCUUCGCCAUGCUGCACUCCGUGUGGAACCUCAUCCCAGCGUUCCGUGGAUACGACCAGCAAGACGCCCAGGAGUUCCUGUGUGAGCUGCUGGACAAGGUGCAGCAGGAACUGGACACGGAGGGGUCCAAGCGGCGCAUAGUCAUCCCCAUCACAAAGAGGAAGCUGUCCAAGCAAGUGCUGAAGGUUCUGAACACCAUCUUUCACGGGCAGCUGCUCAGCCAGGUGACGUGUCUGUCCUGUAAGCACAAGUCCAACACGGUGGAGCCGUUCUGGGAUUUAUCGCUGGAGUUUCCAGAGAGAUAUCACAGCAGGAACAAAGGCUCAGGCGCCACUGCGUACCAGCGCAGCUGCUCCCUCAUAGAGAUGCUGUCCAAGUUUACAGAGAUGGAGGCUCUUGAAGGCAACAUCUACGCCUGCAACCACUGCAACAAAAGAAGAAGAAAAUCAUCCCACAAACCCUUAGUUCUGUCAGAAGCACGUAAGCAGCUUCUGAUCUACCGCUUACCUCAGGUUUUACGGCUGCACCUCAAACGUUUCAGAUGGUCGGGCCGGAACCACAGGGAGAAGAUCGGCGUCCAUGUGGCCUUUGACCAGGUUCUGAACAUCAAACCGUACUGCUGCACAGACUCGGGUCACUCUGUGCACAGAGGAGGCUACACCUACGAUCUGUCUGCUGUGGUCAUGCAUCAUGGUAAAGGCUUCGGCUCAGGGCACUACACCGCAUACUGCUACAACACAGAAGGAGGUUUCUGGGUCCACUGUAACGACUCUGAGAUGAAGGUUUGCAGCGUGGAGGAAGUGUGCAACACUCAGGCCUAUAUUCUCUUCUAUACCCAGAGGUCUGCCUAGGUACCUCUCUCGCUGUGACUUGUACUGAGGGCUGCAUUUGAGGCGAUGGUGUCCGAAGCUUUCCCUGAUGUCACUUUGAAAGGGUUUGCCAAACGAGACGGUAACGAGGGCAAAGGGGGAGCCGACCGUACGGAUGCAUGUCAGUAACUUAGAAUAUCUUCGGAAAGUUAAUUUCUGUCAGUAGUUCAAUUCAAAUGGGAGACACUCUUGUCAUAUUUAGAUUCAUUCCAGAGUGAUAUUCAGUUUAUUUUCAUGAUUUUCAAUGAAAGCUCUUUUGAAACCUAAAAUUAGUUUCUCAAAAAAGAAUUCUAUUACAUAAGAUCAAUUAAGUCAAGUUUAUUUAUAUGGUAUAUUUAAGCAGCAAGGCAGUUCAUGAAUGCAUUACACGAUAACGAGCAACAUAAAAAAAAAAGAAACCUUACAUACAGUUUUACAAACUAAAACUAAUAAAAAGUUGUAAUCCAGAGCAGAAAUGUACCACUUAUUAUGAAACAAAGGCAACACUAAGCAGGUCGUUUUCUAAUCUUGAUUUAAAGGAACUCAGUGUUUCCGUCUGUUUUGCAGUUUUCCGGAUGUUUAUAGAGGCUGAAUGUUUAGUUCUGGUUCUGUUGAUGCAGAUCAGAUCAGAACCAGAAGGCCGAUACAACAACAACAGAUCUGUAAGCUAUUUUGGUGCUAAGACGUUCAGUGGCUUAUAAACCAACAGUAUUUUAAAGUCUAUUCUCUGAGUUACAGGAUUUUAGGUGUGGGGUGAUUUUCUCCAUCUUUCUGGUUUUAGUCAGAACUCGAGCAGCAGCGUUCUGGAUCGGCUGCAAACCUGUAAACACAAUAUUGUAAUAAUCAAUGCAACUCAAGUUGCGUUGAGUGUCUUUUUAUCUUGUUGGGACAUUAGUCUUUUAAUCUUGAAAACGGUUGUAAUAAUGGAAAAUUUCUAUGACUGUUUGCUGCAGGUGGGCAUUUAUUGUGUUUAUCAUUUAUCAUGAUACAUUUCUUACUGUCACAAUAAUUUCCAAUCAAUGUUUGGGGGAAAAAAAACUAUCCAUAUUGUUAGAAUUGUUCGUUUUAUUACUUUUCCACUAUUUGCUCAAAUGCAGUAUUGAGCAAAUAACUAUUGAUCAAUAACUGUCAAAAAAUUUAAAUAACUUAAAAAAGAAGUAAUAAAUAGUUUUGAUUGUUACUUUUAUUGUUAUUACGAUAGUAUCACAAAGUAUCGUAAUAGAACUUUAACUCUAUAUUGCCCGUCCCUACGGUCUACUGGAUAAUCAUCCCUAAAAUCACAUUUGCAUUACUUUUUAUUCGUCUUGCGUAGCAUUUUAAAGUUCUGAGAAACUAUAUUUUGGGUUUCCAUUAACUGCAAGACGAAGCCGUCAUAUUAACAGGAAUAAAUGCGUGGAAUACAUCACUCCAUGUAAUCUAUCUGCAUACGGUGGGAGUUUUGCAUUGAAUUACUGACUAAAUUCACGUUCUAAUUUGUUGAGAUGCGUCUGUGGUUGGAGAUGAGACCGAUGGAGGUGGUGGGUAACUUUUGCCAUGUCUAAUAGUAGGCAUACUUUAUUAAUGUUUAGAAGGCAGGAUAAUGUCUGUUAGACGGAGAAACCUUUUCAUAAAUGAGGCUGCAGGUUUUUCGGCCUGCAGGACGAACUUUUUACUUCAUGGCCUGAAGACUGUGGGAGCAGGUCUUGUCCUGCUGAACACCAACAUGUGUGUCCAUGUUUUUACACCACAACCGGGCUGGAAUCGUCCAGUCGCUCCACUGAGACAACAUUUUACAUUCACGGGCAACACGGACUUCUUUUGUUUUCAUAUGUUAGUGUUACACGUUUUGAUCUCUGAGCACUAAACAUGUGAUCAGUCCAAACUCCGUGCUGCCUCCUGUUCAACUUUUUUAAUUAUUGUGUAAUAUCAAAUAUCAAGCUUUUAAUACUCACCGUGUGUCAUUUGUAUUUUUUUAAUUUUUUAUUUUUUUUAAUUUUUCCUCUCCUCUAAUGUACGCUGUGACUGGAUACUGUGUCUUAGGCUCAAGACUCUCAGAGAACAUGAAUAGUUUUGUUUUUUUUGUUUUGUCUUUCUGUUUUAACUCCAUGAAAAGAGGCGAAUAAACUGAGUUUCCAACGAAUGAUGAUGAAUGAAGGGAAGCUGCAAUUCUCUGGAGGGGCUGCUGGUCCUACUGUACGUUUGGCUCGUUUAUUCCUUUAAGAAGCAGCUCCUCCUGCGGUUUAACGGUUUGACCGCUGCACCUCUGUCUAACCUGCUGGCAGACGAGAAACAAAUAAAAUAAAAAAACGGCAGAGGAAGGUGAAUCUGAAGAAUGUGUUUUUGGGGCGGUAUACCCAUUUUAAAGUCGUGCACCUGAAAGCAAUAUAUUGUACAUCGUUCAUCUUAACAGGAAGUUGAAAUAAAAUCAGGAAUUCCUCUGCUUAUUAUCCAAGGUUUUGUUAUUUGUGUUUGUUUUGGGUUUUUUUUCUACUCUGCUGUUUCUAUCGAGGUCUUUAGAAUUUGCUAGGUAAUCAAGAAAACUGUUGUGUUUGAUACGAGUCAAAUGCAAAACACAUUUGUGAACUCUGUGAAAGUUGGAACAAUCUAAAUGACGAUGAAUGUCUUACUUGAUAGCGGUCAGUUGUGGCCAUGCCACUGGCUCUGAUCUCCUUGAGUUCUGUCUUGUACUGUAAGAAUACCUGUCAUAAAUGUAUUGUUCGUAAGGGUUUUGCCUGACAGUAAUUAUUAAAAAGACAACAAACACA